AUGACAAUCCCCUCAAGCCCCAAGCUCGACGGCUUCGACAUCCUGCAGACAAACUUCAAACAUGCCGGAGAUCAUCCCAUCCGAGCUGACCUCGUCAUCCCCCAAAAGCCUCACUCGGGCAAACGCCCAGUAAUCCUUCGCUUCCACAGCGGUGGCCUAGUCUACGGAGACUCCCUAUUCAUGGACUUCUGGCCCCACUGGCUUUCAGACCUAGCACUGGUCCACAACGCUAUAAUCAUUAGUCCAAACUACCGCCUCAUGCCUGAAGGAACCAGCGCCCAGAUCUACGAAGACCUAGGUGAUAUCUGGUCCUGGCUGCACUCCCCUUCCUUGAAGAAACUCCUAGCCUCCCACUCGGCCCCGACAGAAAUUGAUCUCGACCGUAUUCUUACAGCGGGCGAGUCCGCAGGCGGCUUGUUAAGUAUUCAGCUGGCACUGUCGCAUCCAGCAGAGAUCCGUGCCGCGACGGCAGCGUAUCCGCCUGUUGAUAUUGGCUCAGAUGACUAUAAACUUCCGCGCGAGAAGCCGUGUUUUGGAACCCAUGUUCCUGAAUCGGUUAUCAAAGCUGAAGAAAAUGCCGCUAAGAUUGGGACUGCUGAGUCGUCAAUCCUGGCACAGUCAAGAUUGGUUUAUAUGCUUGCUGCUUUGGAGCAUGGGACGCUUAAUGAUCUUUAUGAGAAGGGCGCGGAGGGAGUUCCGAGGAGUGUGUUGUACCCGAUGGUUAAGUUGGAGGAGCCGGGGGUGGAGAUUCCGGUCGGUGGUAUUGCGGUUAUUCAGGGCCAGCAAGAUAGUGUUGUCCCGGCUGGUGGGGUUGAGAAGUUUAUGGGAAGGGUGCAGGAGAUUACUGCUGGCAAGGCUGGGAAUGAGGGAGUGGUGCUUGCUCUUAGGGAUGGGGAGCAUGGGUUUGAUCUCGAUGUUAGGUAUAAUGAGGAUUGGUUGAAGGAUACAUUCAAGUUUGCUGUUGAUGCUUGGGUGAAAUAG